CCACAUAAUCACGGUCCUCACCAACACAGUCUUUUGACUUUUUUCUUGUUUCUACCAAUCUUCUUCUCAGUGCGGAACCUUUUCUUCUUCGUCCUCUCGUCUAAACAAAAAUGGGAGCUGAACAUGAACAUCCUCUCACUACACUGCUUACCCUCUUCGAUUCUUUCUGGUUCGAAUACGAGAUUCUCACUUCAAAAAAUCCAGCCACAACAUUAUCAUCCAAGACCCAGGAAGACACAGUAAAUCCCAACAAUGAGCUUUCCAGAGCCCCCACAACUUUUAUUUCUGGACCUUUCAGUGACAAAUGUUUGAGCUCCGAAAACCCCUCCAUGGAUGCAGAAGAACCCUCUCCCGAGUCCGUUCUUCUCGAGCCCAGGCCUCAGCUCCAACCCAUUCUUUCCGGCAAGGAAUUCUCCGAUCAGACGAGCAUCGCUAACAGUAGCAGCGGUGAUGAUGUGAGCUUCAGGAGCAUUAAGAGUAGCCGCAGGAGGAUGAGAAGGAAGGAUAGUGUUAAAAGGAACAGUAAGAGCUUAUCAGAUCUUGAGUUUAAGGAAGUAAAAGGGUUUAUGGAUCUAGGGUUUGUGUUCUCGGAUGAGGAUAGAGAUUCUGAUCUGCUGGUUUCAAUCAUCCCUGGACUGCAAAAGAGGGGGGUUUCUGAAUAUGGUGGAAUGAUUGCAGCAGAUGUUUCAAGGCCUUACCUUUCAGAAGCAUGGGAUGCUAUGGAAGAACAAAAGAGGGAUAAUGAUAAUAAUAGUAGUAGUCAGAGUCAAAUAGGGAGUUGGAGAAUUCCAUCUGCUUUUGGCAAUGAAAUGGAAAUGAAAAAUCAUCUUAAGUUCUGGGCUCAUGCUGUUGCCUCUAAUGUUAUAUAACACAGCUCAGCCCUGUUAUGGAUGUAAGCAUAGCAAUUCAACAAAGAGAUCAUAUGCCUGUAUUAUUUUUUACUUGUUUGUAUUACUUAGCCCUUCAAUUCCUUUAUGAAACCAAAUCUUUGAAAUGAGUGUUAUUGCUCAAGUGUGCUGUCUUUCACUCUGCGUUUGCUAUUUUUUUGACCGGAGUGACUGCUGUUUUUAGCUUUUGCUAAUUAACAGGAGCCACUUUUCGUUAUGUAGUGAUUGAACUCUCAGUGUAUUUCGUCACUGAUCCCAUUGUUGCCUCGAGGAGCACAACAAGCGUGUUGCAUCGACAAAAUCGGAUAUGAACUCGCCAACUAAUAUGAUGGAGCAAUGGCUUGAGAAAAUAGAGUCAGAGGGUUGGAUGAGGAACUGAGACAGUUGGAAAGAGGGAUGGAGGCUGCCAUGAAGGAGAAACCUACAUGAGUUUCUAUGAUGAGAGGUUUCUUUCAGAACUCUAUUGUGCUAUUGAGUGUGAGGGGUAAUAUACCAGCAGAAGAGAGAAAAAAGAGGCUUUGUAUACUCCACCAUUGUUGGAGAAGAGGGUUGUAAUGCAGUGGUCAUAUGGAUUCUCUACCCAGGCCUUGAAUUGAUGCGGGUUCGAGAGAGAUUUUAAAGUGAUCCGAAGGAAUUGAUGCAGUGUCAACAAAUUUUUGGGCUCCGAUGUUUUGGUGGCUUGUUUUGAUGUUUCAUGAAUUGUUGCAGCAGGCGCCACCGGGAGUUUGUUGUUGCGAAGCAUGUCCUUAACCAUGGCCUCCAAAGCAUUCCGGUCUGGGAGCUGGAGGCCGCUGGCGCUGUAGGCCAAUUCCAAGGCCGUGAUUCCCACCUGCCAAAUGUCAGCUGCCGGAGAUGACUUCCACGGCUCAUCACCAUUAUUACUAUGGGAGGCGAUUUCUGGUGCAGCAGCCCACUGAGAGAUGGGGGGGGGGGGGGUUCCUCUCGGUCGUGGUUGAGGCUGGCAGCAAAACCCAACACGAGAAGAGAGUAGUAACGCGCAGGGAUGAUGCGGAACGGGGUUAUGAGAUAAAUGUGGCCAGCGCUGAUAUCUCCGUGCGGAAUGCGCCGCUUAUGAAGGAAGCGGAGAGCCUUGAGAAUUGAUCUGAGCACACAGAGAAUGAGAUCCUUCCGGCCCUGAAACCCGCUGCCGCUUGUUCUCUUGAUGUUCCUCACAGAGCCAUGCCCAUAGUCAUGCAUCGGGACGACAGCGAAGGCUUCGCAGAGCAUGCCCAUAGUCACAGACCCUCUUUUGUUCCUCCAUGCCCAUAAUCAUGAGAAGCGGUGAAUAUGGGCGGCAGGAUUCCCAACAAAUUGGGGUGAUCGCUUUUGACGCCCUGGCUUCUUCUGACUUCUUCCCUGAGGAUUGAGAUGGAUUGUGGAUUAUCACCCACUUUAACAGCACGCCAGAAUACUUUACUCGUUUUCACCAUUAGUUCCUGAAUCCGGGUCUGAGAUGCUGUUUUCAACCACGGCUGCUUUGUACACCGUGGGUAAAGUGAUUAGAGCCCGAAGGAAUGGGUAAAGUGUUCCGAAAACACAUAUCAUGAGAAUUGCGGGGGCCUAUUCAUAUUCUGGUGAGAUUGGCUUUGAUACAAGAAGAAUAUAGAGAUAUCACCAUUGGCACUUUCAAGCCAGAACACUUUAUUCGUUUUCACCAUUAUCAGAUAAGGGGGUAUCUUUGAUAUAUUAAUAACAAUAUUCUAUGGAAGAACAAAUCUCAAUUUACUCAAGUAACAGGCAAACUUAG